UUUUUUUCUUGUGCAAUUUUGCUUAUAUAGUUAAUCAUAUUUCCUCCAAGAGUAUUUAUAUGCAUAACACUCUUUUGAAGUAGCAACAACAACAGAAGAAAGAAAUGGAGGGCCAAAAACAUCACAAAAAGUCUAAGGUUAUCAAAAUAGACUCAAAAAAAUCAUGGGAACAUCACAUCUCUUAUGCUACCAAUCAAAGUUACCCUGUUGUGGUUCAUUUCUCUGCUUUUUGGUGUGUGCCAUCUAUAGUUAUGAAUCCUUUCUUUCAAGAAUUGGCUUCUAACUAUCAAGAUGUUCUGUUUUUGACAUUGGAUGUGGAUGAGGUUAAGGAAAUUGCCUCCAAGAUGGAAAUUAAAGCCAUACCUACCUUUCUUUUGUUGAGUGGAGGAACUCAUGUGGACAAAAUUGUGGGUGCAAAUCCUGGUGAAAUAAAGAAAAAGGUUGAUAAUUUUAUUAUCUCAUCUCUUUCCUACAAAUCUAUGGGAACAGUCAAGUGAGUUUACUAGUGACUAAUUAAAGCCUACAACUUCAUUAUGUCAUUUUAAAAAUGAAACUACCAUUUUAUAUGUGUAAUUUCAGUUACCAGUGAUAGUACUACUGGUUGUUGUGUGUGUGUUUGUAAAAGUGUAACUUAUUGUGUAUUUAUUUUAAAUUCUUUGUCAUCAAGUGUUUCUCAUUUAAUAUACUCUCUAUAUUUUGUAACUAUGCGUAAACUUUCAAAUUGUUUGCUAUUUGUUUUACUCAA